AUUCUGUGAUGGGUGUGUGAUCGCUCUGCGCAUGCGCGCUCAUCCUUCUGUCCCUCCUGACCUCCUCCCGGUUUCUGCUGCGCCGCUGCCGCUGCUCAACUUCUCCCGUGAAACCCGCUCAAAAACCUCCGUACAGACCCUGGCACACACAUGAGGCAUGGCAGGCCUCUUCGGGAAGAUCCAGAUCGGCAUUUAUGUGGAGAUCAAGCGCAGUGAUGGAAGAAUCCACCAGGCCAUGGUGACAUCACUGAACGAAGACAAUGAGAGCGUGACGGUGGAGUGGAUUGAAAACGGAGACACAAAAGGGAAAGAGAUCGAUCUGGAGAGCAUAUUUGCACUAAAUCCAGACAUUGCACCCGAAGAGGAAAUCCCACAAAGUCCUGAGACCCCUCCGCCGCCCGUGUCGAGCGCCAUCAAAAUCAACAAGAUCCCCCAAAACAAGAAUCGUCGGACAGUAGCCCCACCGAAAAAUGAAACUCCUGCAAGGGAUAAUCGAGUCACUGUAGGUACGACUCGAGCACGGCCGAGCCAACAGACCGAACCGCCUCCAUCGGCGCCUGUCCCGCCUCCACCCAUCCAACACCAGACCCUACAGCAGCAGAACGCUCGCAGGAAGUCCAACUGUGUGAAGGAAGUGGAGAAACUUCAAGAGAAGCGUGAAAAGAGACGAUUGCAGCAGCAGGAGCUGAGAGAAAAAAGAGCACAGGAAGUGGAUGCCACAACCCCUAAUUAUGAAAUCAUGUGCAUGAUCCGAGACUUCAGAGCGAGUUUGGACUACAGACCGCUGACCACUGCAGAUCUGAUUGAGGAUCACAGGAUAUGCGUGUGUGUGCGGACACGUCCACUCAACAAGAAAGAGCUGACCAUGAAGGAUCUGGACGUCAUCACCAUUCCCAGUAAAGAUGUGGUCAUGGUCCACGAGCCCAAGCAGAAAGUGGAUUUAACCCGAUACCUGGAGAACCAGACGUUCCGCUUCGAUUACGCUUUCGACGACACCUCCACAAACGAAAUGGUGUACAGGUUCACUGCUCGGCCGCUGGUGGAGACCAUAUUUGAGAGAGGAAUGGCCACUUGUUUUGCUUACGGUCAGACGGGCAGCGGGAAAACUCAUACCAUGGGAGGAGACUUUUCAGGGAAGAACCAGGACUGCUCUAAAGGGAUCUACGCCCUCACUGCACGGGAUGUUUUUCUCAUGUUAAAAAAACCGAACUACAAGAAGUUGGAUCUUCAGGUGUACGCCACAUUCUUUGAAAUCUACAGCGGGAAGGUGUUUGACCUUCUGAACAGGAAGGCAAAGCUGCGUGUUCUUGAAGACGGUAAACAGCAGGUUCAAGUGGUUGGACUGCAGGAACGAGAGGUCAAAUGCACCGAGGACGUGCUAAAACUCAUCGAGAUGGGAAAUAGCUGCAGGACAUCUGGACAGACCUCAGCUAACGCUCACUCGUCCCGCAGUCACGCCGUGUUUCAGAUUAUCCUCCGCCGGAGGGGCAAAAUGCACGGCAAAUUCUCUCUCAUUGACCUGGCGGGGAACGAGCGAGGGGCGGACACGUCAAGCGCUGACCGACAGACGCGUCUCGAAGGCGCUGAGAUCAACAAAAGCCUCCUGGCGCUGAAGGAGUGCAUCAGAGCUUUGGGUCGAAACAAACCACAUACUCCGUUUAGAGCCAGUAAACUCACACAGGUCUUAAGAGAUUCCUUCAUCGGAGAAAACUCUAGAACAUGUAUGAUUGCUACAAUCUCUCCUGGAAUGGCAUCAUGUGAAAACACAUUAAACACUCUGAGAUACGCCAACAGAGUGAAGGAGUUUGGGAUCAGCCCUUCCGACAUUCCCUUCUCUCAGGGGGGUGGCGGGCGCUCCGAACUCUCUCCUACCUAUGAGUACGAUGACUUUGCUACCUCACCCAGCAGGGUGAAGGAGCUGAGUAUCGACCCCAACGCAGUGAUGGAGGGUCGGUCCGCCGGACACUCGGUCAAUCAGCUGGACGUGCUGGAGGCACAGUGGGGAGUGGGCAGCUCUCCUCAGAGAGACGAUCUCAAGCUGCUCUGUGAACAAAAUGAAGAGGAAGUGUCCCCACAGCUCUUCACCUUCCAUGAGGUGGUGUCUCAGCUGGUGGAGAUGGAAGAGCAGGUUUUGGAAGACCACCGUGCUGUCUUUCAGGAGUCUAUACGCUGGCUGGAGGAUGAGAAGGUUCUUCUGGAGAUGACAGAGGAAGUUGAUUAUGAUGUGGAAUCAUUCGCCACUCAGCUUGAGCAAAUCCUGGAUCAGAAGAUUGAUGUGUUGACAGAGCUCAGAGAUAAAGUGAAGUCCUUCCGCUCAGCUCUUCAGGAAGAGGAACAGGCCAGUAAGCAGAUCAACCCCAAACGCCCGCGAGCCCUGUAGCGCCACACAGCACCAGCAUAACAAUCCCAUCAGCCCUCAUCCUAUCAACGUAUCUACAUGUGUAACCUGUACGUGAUGUGGCGGUUUCUUUCAUCCAACAAAAGCACAUUUUCAUUGUAUAGAUGAUUUCUUACUAAACUGAAUGAUGAGAGAGUUUAAGGCCUUGAGAGGGUAUACGGUGAGCUAAUGCAUGAACAACCAGCUCUGCGCGUGUGAAACAUGUAAAUAUGUCAUUCAUGCUUUUCAGAUGUAUAUAUACUGCUCAUCUACUUGCAUAACAGUUUACCAGGUAAUGAAAUGUGAUUAUGCCGUCCCAAUGGAAAAAGAGCGAAUGCAGUCUAGGAAUAGUCAUAAUUAGGGAUGCACUGAUAUAGACUUGUCAACCAGUUAUCUUUAUGGCUACUAAUUAAGGCAUGUUUUCAACACAGAAUGACAAAGGUACUUAAUUUUUUUGGGAGAAGAAAAAAAUAAAAUCACAAUUCUGCUUUAUAUAGAGUUUAUAUCUCAAUAAAAAAAAAAAAAUUAAAAAAAAAUCAGAAACAUUAAAUAUAACCUUAGAAUUUUCACUUUCACAGUUCUUUUAAAUAUUUAACAUUUUUUAAAAUUCCAUUGCAGAAUAAAAAAAUAAAAAGGUAACUGCAACUUUUUACCUCACAAUUCAAAUUUUUAAUUUUGAAGUUUUUACUUCAUCUGGAUGGUACAAAACAAAUUGUUUUUUUCAUUUUUAGGUAAACCGAUUUCAUUUAGUGUAAAAGUUUGGUACUAUGCUAAAAUAAAAUUUUACUGAAAUCGUACAUAUUUUUGUGAUAUCAACCUCAAAUUUGGAGUACAACUUUAGAUUUAUGACUUUUUUCAACAAUUUUAACAAUUGCUAGAAUAUAAUAAUUUUAGAAUAAAACAUGUUUUGGGAAAUAUACACUUCCAGUCAAACGUUUUUGAACAUUACGAUUUUUAAUGGUUUUUUUUUCCUCUCUCUUCUGCUCACCAAGCCUGCAUUUAUUUGAUACAAAGUAAAGCAGUAAUAUUGUGAAAUAUUUUUACUAUUUAAAAUAACUGCUUUCUAUUUGAAUAUAUUUUAAAAUGUAAUUUGUGACCCUGUAUAAAGGUCCAUUUUUUGGAAGUUGAAAGAAUCACAAACCUGAAGAAGCUUUCCAUUGAUGUAUGGUUUGUUAGGAUAAUAUUUGGCCGAGAUACAGGUAUUUGAAUAUAUGGAAUCUGAGGGUGCAAAAAAAAAAAAUAAUAAUAAUAAUAAUUUCUAAAUAUUGAGAAAAACACCUUUAAAGUUAUCCAAAUGAAGUUUUUAACAAGGCAUAUUACUAAUCAAAAAUUAAGUUGAUAUUUACAGUAGGAAUUUUACAAAAUAUCUUUACUCAAUUUCCUAAUGAUUUUUGGCAUAAAAGAAAAAUCAACCAUUUUGACCCAUACAAUGUAUUUUUGGCUAUUGCUACAAAUAUAACCCAGUGACUUGUGGUCCAGGGUCACAUUUAUUCUUGUGAUUUUAAAGCUGAAUUUUCAGCAUCAUUACUCCAGUCUUCAGUGUCAAAAGUGAUGAUAAAGAAAUUUAUAAUGUCACAAAAUAAUUUUAUUGAUCAUGUGACUGAAGCAACGACACUAAAAAUUCAGCUUUGAUCACAGAAAUCAUUUUUAUUUAGUAAUAAUUUUUACUAAAUUUUUCCGUUUUUACUUUGGAUCAAAUAAAUGCAGGUUGGUGAACAGAAGAGACUUCUUAAACAUUAAAAAUCUUACCGUUUAAAAACUUUUGACUGGUAAUGAAUAUCUAAUAUAAACUUUUUGGCUUUUUUGGUUUUAAACACUGUGCUCUCAAACACUCAAGAUUUAUGACAGUAAAAAAACAUAAAUGGAUCAUAACUAUUCAUAAAAUAUUUUAGAACCAUAAAAAUCCCCUAAAAAUACAAGUAAAACAACAACAACAACAACCACCACCACCACCAUCAUAUACAUACAACAUACAACACUGUCCCAUGACAGUGAAAACAUUCUCAGAGGGUUAAAUGAAAACACAAUGGCUGUCAAGCUCAAACAAGACAAUUUAAAUAAAUUGUUCUUUCAUUCAUUCAUUCAUUCAUUUAUACAUAAAAAAAUACAAGUGGGAAAUAUAGUAUAAUAAAAUUAGGGGAGCCCAUAUUGAUUGCACUGAAAAUAGUUUUGGCUCAUAUUGAUACAGUCAGCGAUAUAUUGUGCAUCCCUAAUUACAGUAGAAGUUGCAUGACUGCAGUGCAGAUGAUCUCUAUUGAGACCUACAGGAAGUGAUGAAUUUAAUAAAUCAUGUAGCAGUGAGAUGAUACAUGACUUUUUUUUUUUUUUUUUACUUGAUUGCCAGUAAGAGCCUUUACUGUAACAAAAAAAAAUUAAAUAAAAAUAAAAACAAACGCAGGCCUUAUUGCACCAACGUCACAACACACUACUAGAUUUCAGUAAAAGAAACGUGCCUGUGAACAAACUGUACAUGCUAAUUAAGCUCAGAUGAACAGGCCAGAGAAGUUUAGAUAUAUUAAGAAGUGUGAUUUUGUUACCAUACAGUGUUUUGUUUACAUUUUGAGGAAUGUGUGGAAGUGGUCAUAACAUUCAGGCUACUGUCUCAUUUUUAAAAAAUGCUAUUUAUUAAAGCAGCAGUGUUUUUUUUAAUGUUCCCCAUCAAUGCUCUGAAUGAUUUGUUCCAGUCUCAUUUUAAGAGUUUGUGUGAUGAGGGGAAUCUGGAUCUGUGUGGGACUCAGUGUUUCAAUGUAUUGCGUUGCUAAAAUAAAAAGCCAUCUGAAGACAUCA